AUGUCAAUUGUAUUCUUGCAAAAAGAAACUUCCGUCGAUACCUCCAAUCUGUCUUAUGUAUGCGCCACUUUUCCUAAAGUCUUUGUUUGUGAUGAUAGAAAGGAAAAUGACACUUUGCAUGCAUAUUGCAAUAACAUUGUACCACGUGAUGAGGAACUUAAUGGGUGA